AUGAAGUUCUUCAUCUUUACCUGCAUUUUGGCUGUUGCUCUGGCAAAUCAUGAGCAAAACCAGGACUCCUUCAGUGAGGAGUCUGAUGAAGCAACCAAUGAAAAAUAUGAGCAAACUGAGGAAGCAAAGGCCAAUGUAAAGGUGCUGAACAAAAUCAGACAGUUUUACCAAGAUGUCUUCUUCCCUCUGUAUGGUCAAGUUCACCCCCAGCAGGUUGCCAUGAACACAUGGAAUCACGCUACGGAAAGCACCUGCUGUAAUAGUCCCAGUCAGAAAAAAGAGUUCUGCUGCGCCGUUGAGAAAAUCUUGAAGAAGAUUAGUGAUAUGAUCAAGAUCAAUCAAGUUUACCAGACCACUCCUCAACAGUAUUUCCAAGCUUUUUACCCACAGCCAACAGUUGUAUACCCUUGGAAUUCCAUGAAACAAUACACGAACUCAUACAUUCCCAUUGAGAACAAAAAUGCCCAAGUUGUUCAGAAGUUGAACUUCUUCCAGUGUCUCCAGACUCUUCACCAAAGCCAGAUUGUGAUGAAUCUAUGGAGUCAGAUUCAGAUUUGUGCUCAGCCCAUGGUCGCCAUGCUGCAAUAUAAGCAGAAAAAGGACAUGGCUGAGAAUGUUGCUCAGAACAAAAUGAAACAGGUUAUCUGGCUCCAAAACCAAGUACCUGUUCAUCAAUAUCAGAAAAUUUUCAACCCAUGGAAUCAUGGUCUGAUAAACCCUGAACAAGUUGUCUUCCCUCUGAUUGUGUUUGACGUUCGUAAUUUCUGUGAAUUGGAUUCAGGUUUUCUGAUUUUUAUGCUGUUUUGA